UAUGGCUCUCAAGUUUGAGCGCGCAGCUGCCAAAAAUCGAUAUUUUCUCGAAAAAACACUUUAGUUUUAUGAUAAAACGACAAUAUGUCAGAAACAAUAAUAGAAAGUGUCCUUACAGGGAAACUAGAAGCCACUCUUCUUGUUAAAUGGCUAAACGAUGAGUCUUUGGAGGAUGCUCCUGAAGACUGUAUAUUGAAUUGCUGCAAUAAGAACGAGUUUGUGACGUGUUUUUUGUCGUAUUUAAGGAGUCAGACUGAUAGCAUACUCCAAACAAACAGCAAUGCAGUUCAAAUUCUCCAACACAGUACACCUGAAAAGCUGCUCAGCAGCCGUCGCAAGCAUCGGAGGUCCAUUAGUGAUCCCACCAGCGAGGACCGCACCAUGGACAGCCUUUCCGUCAAGACUGAACGUCUCCGCAGCCAUGAAUCACCUAGCAAAGACCGUAAACGAACCGGCCGGAGGGUAAAAACUAAACUAUUCACUGAAGACAAAAGUAUGAAUAGUACGAACCAAUCGGUGUCUUCCGAUGAGUCGAGACUAAGUACUGGAGUCGAUAGAUUGGUCUUGUCGAGUACACCCUUGAAAAAUGGUGUUAAGCCAUCCGAUUAUCCGAAUUUAGCAAGUCCGGUUACACCAAGGAGCUUCGUUAAAGAGCAGUAUGAGAGAUGUGAUACUCCGAGACUUAGUCACAGGCAUUCAAGGUCUCAAGAGAAAAGCUGUUUAGGUGAUUACAUGGUCAAUGUACAGAAAAGUAGCAAGAAAAAAAAGAAUAGAAGUUCGACGGAUAACGAUGACAGUAAGGUUGAAAUUGAUCUGUCAAACUCUGAAAUGUUUCCGGAGAUUGGUGCAAGGAAAUCAAGUUCGUUAAGAUCUGAGAAACGAAGGAUAAAGCCGACUAACAUUGACAAAUCUCAGAAGAGUAUAUCUCUAACUAGUUUUAAUGUCGAAUCUAUUACAACAUCACCUUUAAUGGUGGAACAGAAUUCAGCUUUUAAACAGCAAAAAAUACAAGUCAAAGAAACAAACAGUUUUGAGGCUGAACGAAACAUUUUAAAGCAAGAACGUCAUAAAUUAAUGGAGAAAUUUAAUAUUUUGAAUACAUCAUUACCUCAAAAACCUUCUUCGACACCACAAAUAAAAAUUACACAGAAAAACUCAAUAGAAAAAUCACACAGCUACAUUAAAAGCGAUGUUACUAAAGUGACAUUCAAAGAAAAAAUCGAUUUACUAGUAGAUAUGUACGAGAUUUUAAUAAAAAACAACUUAAUAAUGAGUUUGAAUACGGAAAUAUAUUUUCUGAUUUCCAUUUUGAUAUCGAAACAGUUCGAGGAAGAUUUUAAUGCAGCCGAGAGUAAGUUAAAUGAUAGUGACAUGAAUUAUUUGCUGAAAACUAUACAUAAUAGUACAUAUUUUGCGGUGAAAUCGCUCUGGCAUCAGCGGAUUGUGCUCGAAGUUAUUUUAGAUAAGAGCUCUUUGAAAACUUUGGGUGAAAACAAAAAAGUUCGCAGUUUCUACCCUGACUUAGCAAAGUUUCUACUAAACUGCUACGGUCUACGGUGUGAGGCAGAAACCAACACAGACCGGACCAAGGCACCUGAGAUCCGGUCCAAUGGAGUGGUUUGCUUUAACUCGGAGACGGAUAAUAUUGAUAACUUUCCUUCGAUGCUCAGCUUUCAGAAUUUUAAGAAGCAGAGAGAUAUGUUUUAUGAGAUUUGGAGAUGGUACCAAGACAGUCAAUCAGGCGGCACGUCCCGCUCGUCGCUGCGCGCUCGCCUCAAAGCCCUGCUCUGCGCCGGCGCCGCGCCCACCAACCUCGCGCAUCUGGCUAAACUGUUCACCUCCCACAUGUGUCAGCAUUGCUUGCCGAGCAGUAAACAGGAAUCGAAGCUAAGCAAGUUACAACGUCGUCUGACGUGUCCAAACGCGCCCGAAUCGCAUCGACUACCGCAGUUCACUACACAGGAAAUGUUUUAUAAGGAAUUUAUAAUAAAUGCAGAAAAUGAAUCGUUCAGAGUACAUUUGAGGGACGCGAUCGCUUCCGAAAUAACUGUUUUAGACGGAACACAUAUAGCGUCGGAGGAUAGAGCCAAUUCAAAUCCAGACAUAACAGCAGAAUAUCUAAAUUUAUCCAAAAAGCUAGCUCUUUUAGCUAAAUUCCUAGGCUUAUUAGCAUCGCUACCGUACACACAAAUAGUAUCAGAUUUAAGUACAAAAUCUACUAUAACUAAAGUUGUACAGAAAGAAAUGAGCUAUUCUACGCCUAAGGAGAAAGUUCUAGAAAAUGAUCUAGCUUUAAGGAAUUAUAGUCAACCAACUAUAGAUUUACAAGGAAUUUUAACAAAUGCUCAAGAAAAUGGCCGACUCUCAAUAACAAUUCCAUGGCUAGUCCACUAUUUAUCAAUGCUAGACUACACAUCAUUACGCAUAAACUACUACCAGAAACUACUAAAAAUCCUAUUCGAUAUCUACUCGAAUCGACUAAAAAUCGAAAGCACAACACUAAAGAAGAAUACAGCUAUAUAUUUAAAAUCGAUUCUCGGCUGGUUAUUCGAUUUACCGCACUUUCCUCAAGAACUAUUCUACGAGAAUCGACUAAAUAUAACUGUAUCGAGUGAUUUGAAUGUCGAUUCUUGCGAUUUAGUCGAUGAAUCGAUUAUUAUAGAGUUGUGCCCGCAUUUGAGAGAUUUAAACGUGUUGUUAUCGACAUGUAGAGUUGCCCAAGAUCAGAAAGAUGUGGCUAGUUAUCGACAUAUAACGCCGGUUAGUUUAACUUUGAACCCUGAGGAUCGGAUUAAGAAUAAAGAGAAGGAAUUACAGGCUCGUUUAGAAGAAGAACUACUCAAAAGCCAGCCAUCAUCCACCCGUCGGGUCCUAGAGCUAGUAAUAGAGCGGGUGACUGCGGCCUCCGUGCGGUCUCUGAGCGCGGCCGCGUUAGAGCCAGCACGGGCUCGUGCUACACGGCAUGCUGCCAGGCUCGUCGCUGUCUGUCAUCAUCAGCCGUCGCUCCUGCAGUCAGUGCAGCGAGUAUACUCUGAGGAGCUGUCAGCACUGCGGGCUUCGGCGCUGGAGAGUGGGCGCGUGGCCAUCCAGGGUCGAGCUCAGGCGGCCGUGUCGGCAUUGCUGGCCACGGCGCCGCCGCCCCUUGUGACUCUCGUAGUCCGAGCUGCUGUGACGAGGCUGCAGAAGUGGAUCAAUGAUAAUUGGAAUACUACUGCCGUCCUCUGCAAAGACAUAGAGGCAGAAGUUCGAGCGCUACAGAGCAUCGGCGAGUUAACGCCGGCGUGUCACAAGAGUGCCUCUGACGUGACCGCCGUGACGUCACCGCCUGCCGUGUUCGCGCAACACGUCAGUCCCGCCGCCAGUGUUAUUCACUUGAAGGAACAAGUAUGCCUCCUAUUAGACGGCGUGGCCCCCGGCAACAGUCUGACUCGCGUGCUAUCGAGCUGCGCCCUCGCGUGCUCGCCACACAACGUGUUCAUACGCGCCGCCACCAGGCGAGCGAUACUGCAGCUCAGCGUCGACCUGUGUGUCGUGUUCGUAAGUCGCCGCCCAAAAGAAGUGAACGAAUCGUUCCUAUCCAAACUCCACGGUAUCUGGGACACUUGUUGUCCCGACAGAAAACGUUCACCCCCACAAGAACUCACUCUUCCCGAACGAAGAACGGAACUAUCACCACAGUUCAGAAAUUUCGAAGACGAAGAAAGAGCCCCAACACCAAACAGCGACGAAGAAAUACCUACAAAAGUUGUUAUACUACCACAGAAUAACGAAGCAGUAGAGAGUCAGCCAGUAGAAAGUCAACCAGUAGAAAAAAGUCAACCGGUAGACUCUACUGAUAAAAGUCUACCAAUAGAAGGCGAUGAUAGUGUAGUGAAUUUGGAGUUUUUUGACCGUAUUCUGUGCCCGAGGAAUAUAAUGUUGUUGAGUGAGAAUAAGAGUGUGGACGUCUGGGAGUCAAUGGCUACUGUGCUGGUUUUUCUGUUAACUAAUGAUUAUUUGAGUGAAGAUUCUUUGACGGAACAGUGUUUGGCUGUUUAUAGACAGGAUUGGCCUCAGAACAUACUAGAAAGUCUAUCGACCUGCAUGAAGUCGGUGUCAGCGCGCUGGUCUAGAUCAUCCACAGGCAAGUUCACGUUGUUCCUAGACUUUCUAGCCGAAUACUGCGGCGAUAUGGACUAUGAACCGCUGGAAGAUUAAUCACCAUUUGACUUUCACUAACCAGAAAGAAAGAAAAUAAGUUUUAUUGCACAUAUCGGGUGAAUUUUUCACUAUCACAUUAAAUGAAAUGCGUUAA